AUGUCUGCACACGUUGUUGUGAUCGACUCAGCUGCUCGACGACACACAGUCAAGACCAUACCUACCAAACAUCUCACGGAUGUUGUUCAAGAGGUUUGCGACAAGCUAAAACUGAAUCCUUCUCAAUAUGGCUUGAAACAUAAGAAUAAAUUCGUGGACCUGACAAAUCCAUUCCGACUUUCAGGUCUGACAUCCGGUGCUAAGCUCGAUCUCGUUCAACUCUCCAAAUCAGCUGGUGUUGUUUCAAUAGCCCUCCAGAUACCAGAAUCAGAAGCAGACGGCCAACUCAAUGCUCGCCUCACAGACAAGUUCCCAAGUUCCACCACGCUAUGGCUAGUUCUCAGAAAGUUCGAGGCCGGUGUCGCCGGAGGGGCCCCUGCACGUAACUUCACCGCAAGAGGCAUACCGGCUACAGGUCAAGGAGCAUCUGGAGCAGGAAGACUAUAUUACGAGCAACCCGUCUUGCAUUGUUUAAACAGAGAGCUUUCUUCCUUCGCCGACCUACAAAAGACCCUUACACAGCUCGGCCUCAACAGCGGGUCUGUGUUGAUCAGAUUGAGCUUCAAGCCCACAGAUACUCCAUUAGAAGAGGCAAUGGCCCAAAUACAAGGAUACUUCGACUCGGUGGAGUCUCCAGUUACUUCCCAACAGUCGAACCCCCAAACCGCCACUACUAUUGAAGACGCACCCUCGACAAGUCAACAGCCCGAAUGGACGGAAGAUGCCGAACUACCUGAUGCACCUCCCGUGGAGACAGCAUCUGAGGGAGCAUCUCAAGAUCCACCCGUGACAUCUGCUAUAUCUUCACAAGCACCAACUGCAACCACACCCACAGGUCGUCCUCUAUCGGUUUAUCGUCCUCCCAGCUCUUCAACCCCGGCUGCUGCGCUGACUUCGUACAAUGAAUCCGACUAUACUCCAACAGUUGAGCAUGCUCAAAUCCACCAGAAAUUACUCUCGGAGAACACUCGGAAUAAAAGACUACCAACAGAAGCCGAGAUUGCAGCAGAAGCAGAGGCAGAAGCUACUAAAUUGGCACAAAUUAGUGAUGUGGAGAUCAAAGUGCGCUUUCCGGACCAGAGCGCCGUCAGUUCCAAAUUCAAACAAAGCGAUUCAGGGGCAGACCUGUACAGCUUUGUGAGAGAUUGCCUCGAGGACAAAUGGCGAGCAGAGGCAUUUGUUCUCCGAAACCCUGGUGUGAGAGGCAAGCUUGAGGUGAUACCAGACGAUCCGACCCAGAAAUUGAUCAAGAACCUUCUACUCAAAGGCCGAGUUCUGGUCAUCUUUAGCUGGGACGAGAACAAAGCUAGUAUUCAAGCAAGAGGUACAAAUGCAGUCUUGAAAAAUGAAUUGAGGGCUCAAGCACAAGAAAUUCAAGUCCAAGCAAUUCCAACUGCCCCAAGUGGUACCGAUGAUGCUGGUGUCAAAGUCAAUUUGGGAAAGAAUGUGCCUACAGAGGAUGGAGGUGAGAAAAAGAACAAGCUGUCCAAGUUCUUGAGGCUCUCGAAGAAAUGA